AUGAUGGAAGCCCAUGCUUGUUCUACUCCCAUGAAUGUUGGGAUAAAAUUGAGCUCAACCGAUAGUGAACUAUUUCAGAAUCCUAGUUUAUAUAGGAGUACGAUUGGUGCAUUACAAUAUUUGACUCUUACAAGACCUGAUCUAAGCUUCACUGUGAAUAAGUUGAGUCAGUUUUUACAAGCUCCCACUGAACUUCACUGGCAAGCUUGCAAGAGGGUGCUACGAUAUGUAAAAGGUACUAUCCACUAUGGGUUAGUUUUCAAACCAGCAAAAGCAUUACAUGUUGAAUGCUAUGCUGAUGCUGAUUGGGGUGGAAAUCUUGAAGAUCGAAGAUCAACUAGUGGUUAUUGUGUUUAUCUAGGACCAAAUUUGAUUCAAUGGAGUUCUAGAAAACAGAAAGUUAUUGCUCUUUCCUCCACUGAAGUUGAAUAUAGAGCUCUAGUCCAUACGGCAACAGAGGUAGCUCGGUUGGAGAGCUUGUUUACUGAAUUAGGCUUGGUUUUUCAUACUACUCCAGUUAUUUGGUGCGAUAAUGUUAGUGCUGGAGCCCUUGUGUCUAAUCCUGUGUUUCAUGCCAGGACUAAACAUAUUGAAAUUGAUGCUCAUUAUAUUCGGGAGCAAGUUUUAGCCAAAAAGGUGGCCAUUCAAUAUGUUCCUUCCAAAUUACAAAUAGCUAAUGUUCUUACAAAGGCUUUAUCAGUGAGUCAAUUCACUGUUUUAAGGAAGAAGCUGAAUGUCACCAUACUUGGUGAAGACAGCAGCUAA